GCGGAGGGGGCGGCGGGGAGCGCGCGUGGGAAGGGGCCGGAGUGGCAGCGCCGGGGCCGGGGCCGCCUCCCCGCAGCCGCCCGCCCAGCCGCCCGGCGCUCGCUCGCCGCCAGCCGGGCCCUCGGGAGGCUCGCCGGGCUGCCGGCUCGGGCCGUCGGGGCGGCCCCGCGCCCGAGGGGGCCUCGGGCAGGCGCGCCAUGUUCCCGCCGGCGGCGGCCAAGCGCUGCUUCACCAUCGAGUCCCUGGUGGGCAAGGACAGCCACCCGCUGGCCGACGAGCCGCUGCGCCCGCCGGCCCUGGGCUACCCGGCCAGCGCGGCCGUCGAGGCCUUCGCCCACGGCUUCCAGGGCUCCGCCGCCGCCGCCGCCGCCGCCGGGCGCUCCCUCUACGGCAGCCCGGAGCUGCUCUUCCCCGAGGCCGUGAGCCACCCGCCGCUGGCCGUCCACCCGCCCCAGCUGGGCGCCUCGCCCCUGCCGCCCUCGCCGCACCCCUUCUUCGGCCCGCAGCCGCGCGACCCGCUCAACUUCUACCCCUGGGUGCUCCGCAACCGCUUCUUCGGCCACCGCUUCCAAGGUGGCGAGGUGCCCCAGGAGAGCCUGCUGCUGCACGGGCCCUUCGCCAGGAAGCCCAAGCGCAUCCGGACGGCCUUCUCGCCCUCGCAGCUCCUGAGACUCGAGCGGGCCUUCGAGAAGAAUCACUACGUGGUGGGCGCCGAGCGCAAGCAGCUGGCCGGCAGCCUCAGCCUCUCCGAGACUCAGGUCAAGGUCUGGUUCCAAAACAGGAGGACCAAAUACAAGAGGCAGAAGUUGGAAGAGGAAGGCCCUGAGUCGGACCAGAAAAAGAAGGGUUCCCACCACAUCAACCGGUGGCGGAUCGCCACCAAACAGUCAAGUGGAGAAGACAUUGAUGUUACGUCCAACGACUAGGGCGGGGUGGAGGUGGCCGAUGGCAAACAGACCAAUGAGACGACGUGUUGGAACAGGAAGGGGCUCAGCUCUGGAGACUGCAGGAGGACAGGGCAGCCACCCUCUGCCACCCAGAGGUCUUCUCCGUGGGUGCACGUGAGGGAACGCAAGGUGUAGGACAUGGCUUCUCCCCAGGGCUGUCACCAGCUCUCCAGCCCACAGCGUAGAGGCCCCUUGGCCAGGAUCCAUGGGGGCAGGAGGCCGUGGGCUCUGGAAGAAGAAGGGGGCACCCCUUGCUCUAGGAGGACGCCAUCCGUCAGCCAUAUGAGCAAAUAAACAUGUCAGCCAAGA